UUAGUUCCACAGAUUUGUUGGUUCGGCUUUUUAAAAAAAUGUCUUUGUCGCAACAUAAACACACCCUGUGGUGUAAACGUGAAUAUUUAUAUAUGUUUAUGCUUUAAAAACGUGUUUAUAAAACGAUGUUUUUGUGUAAACGCUAGAUUUGUGUGUAGCUCCAAACUGCCAUGUUUGGCCCCGCCCACUAAAAUUCCUGGGCGACUGAGAGAGGCGUCGUUACUUAAAGAAACGGCUGAAGUCGAGCUACCUGUUAAAGAACAGCCCCAGACGGUAAACCGGUGCAACGAGAUACUUUACUGACAACUCGGAAUUAUUAGAAAAUCGACUUCACAACCGAAAGUGUGGCCUUUAUUGGCAGCACACAGGGCGCUCGCGCACACGCACGCGCACACUCUCUGUCUCUGUCUCUCUCUCUCUCUCUCUCUCUCUCUCUUGUUUAUAAUAAUCGUAAAUACACAAAAAUGGAAAUACUGGACAACAAUGAGACGUUUUUACAUUGGGACCGGAAUCUGAGCGAGCUGUCCGAGUCAGGAGAUAACGACAGUGUCCUGUACAGCACACACUUCACCGAGCUCCUGGAUGACAUGUCUCAGGAGGUGCUGCUGGGCCAGCUGCUGAGCGACCCCUUCCUGUCGGGGAGGAGCGACAUGAUGGACAUGGACGAGGAGCUGAGCCCGGCCUCUCCGCCGCCUCCUCACAUCCAGGCCGAGCACAGCUACUCUCUGUGCGGAGACUCGCGCCCUCAGUCGCCCCUCUCCCACCUGACCACGGAGAAAACCAGCAGCGAGCCUAGAGAGUCCGACAACGAGGACUGGCCGAUGGAGCAGGAGGUGGUAGAGGAGGUGGAGGAGGUGGAGGAGGAAGAGGAGAGGUUAAACCUGAAGAUGGAGCCUCUGCUGUGCGAUUCUCCAGCACUGCUGCCUACGGUGACUCUCACACUGACGACGGAACCAGCGAGCGCUGCUUCCCUCUCACACACCACACAGCUCAACACACAGGUGAAAGAAGAUGAGAGCUUCAGCCCACAGAUUAAACUGGAGCCACAUGAGGUGGAUCAGUUCCUGAACCUCUCCCCUAAAGAGCUUGAGGCUUUGCAGAUGCCCCCGACUCCUCCCAGCUCUCAUGGCAGUGACUCAGAGGGCAGUCAGAGCCCUGUGCACCCCUGUGCUCCUGCCAGCCCCACACAGAAUCCAGCUGUCCUCAAGGUGGCGCAGCGCACAUCAUCCUCACUGCCCAACUCACUGUCCAACUCACCCCUGCUCACUGCCCCUCAUAAGCUGCAGGGCUCUGGUCCUCUCCUGCUGACAGAAGAGGAGAGACGAACUCUGAUAGCAGAGGGUUACCCCGUUCCCACUAAGCUGCCUCUGUCCAAAUCUGACGAGAAAGCCCUGAAAAAAAUUCGCAGGAAAAUCAAGAAUAAGAUCUCUGCUCAGGAAAGUCGCAGGAAGAAAAAGGAAUACGUGGACGCCCUCGAGAAAAAGGUGGAGACGUGUUCCAACGAGAACAGUGAGCUGCGCAGGAAAGUGGAGAACCUUGAAAGUACCAACAAGUCUUUGCUGCAGCAGCUGCACUCCCUGCAGGCCAUGGUGACAGGAAAAGUCCCUCGCUCGUGCAAAAUGGCCAGCACUCAGACCUCCACGUGCCUCAUGGCGCUGGUCCUGUGUUUCGCUGUGGUCCUGGGAAGCUUCUACCAAAGCCUGAGCCCCUGCUCGUCCAUCACCAAGACUGCUCUGCCCAGAGAGCUCACCAUGCAGGAGUCUUACACUACUACAGUGAAGUCCAGGAACCUGCUGGCUGUUGACAAGUUUGGUCUCGGUGACGAGCUUCGCCCCACAGGACUGGGUGGGAAAUAUCCAGAAUGGGACACACAGACUAACGACAUGGCGAUGUGGCGUCUGGAGCCGCAGCAUAGAGUCAACCAAGCCACGCCUCCAACUCCAGAACCCAGCCCACAUUUCAGUCAGAACGACAGCACCAACAACAGCACACACAAAGCCCUUCUGAUCGACCUGCACACACACAGGUCGGCGGAGUCGCAAUCCAGCGACGGUCCGAAAGUCAUCGAGCUGGAGAGAACGGCGAACGAGCCGUCGUGAAGACGGACGACCCUCCUCCAUCUCACCUCCACCUUAACAGCAGGAGGACACAACGAACCCUUUCUGUAUUUAUAGACUUCCUUUAUGUUUUGUUCCUCUCACCGUUUUCUUUCUUUUUUUAUAUGAAAAAAAAUGUAAAAAAAAAAAAAAAACAACAACAACAAAAAAGGAUAUUAUAUCAUUCCGCCAUUAUAUAUAACAUUUUUGAUACUAUAUUUUAAACCUUUUUUUUUUCUUCUUCUUCUUCUGUGUAAUGUACAUACGGUCCUGGGUUUGUAUUUAUUCACUCUCCGCCAGAGUCGGACCGAGUUUUGAAACUCAUCGGAGUUAAAACAUCUAACCAGGUCUUCUUAGGGUCAUUAAAUCAAAUCAGGAGGGUCAGCAACAGACGUUCCUUCAUAUCACUUCACAGCGAUCUGUUAGUCAUUGUCGCAGCAAAAAGUGCAAGCUUUUGUCCUUUACUUUUGCAGAAAACACCAGCGCAGGAUUCCUUCAUUCAGUAAAGACACAUAAUCAUGUAAUGACUUCCUAUGAGAGCUCUACUCAUGUUCCACACAUGUGAAGAGGGAUAGAAGAGGGAUCUAUCUGAACAUGUGUCGUUAUGGCGACACACGACACGUCUCCACAAGUGAGCAACUAGUACCAGAAUUUUUAUUAUUAUUAUUAUUAUUAUUAUUAUUUUAUUUUAUUUUUUUUUUCUGACUAGUACUAAUAAUGUGGAAAACACUGUAGGUUUUAUGCCAUCGUCUCAGUUUGGAAUUCUCACUUUAAUGUCCGGAAUGUGAGUUUGGCCUCCUGUCAGUCGUCUUAUAGACACGCCCCCUAACACGCCUUCACGUUGCUCUUAAACCUUGAGUCUGUACAUCAUGGGUUGCGGAAUGAAUGCAGUUCAGCGAUCAAUGCUAAUGCUAAUGCUAAUUCAAGUCGAACCAGGUUUGGGGGCGGAGCUUUGUGUACUUCUUAUUCAGCUCAACCCAAUUUAAUUGUUAUUUUUUUUAACAUCUUGUUCGAUGGAGAUCGGACACUUCUGAUCUAUUGCUUCCGUCGUCUUUGUCACUAAGAGAACGUGUCGUGCGUCACAUAACCAAGAUUUGUUGACUUCUUGUUCUGUUUAUUUUAGUUUCUUUUUUUUUUGAUGCGAGACCUUUUAAUGUCUGUACUUUGCCUUUAAAAGGUCAUUACAGAAGAUUACAAGAAAGACCAGUGAAAUCUGAUCGUAUUUCCUGCCUUCUGAAGACACAUUGCCAUGUUUUUGAUCCUCACCCAUUACAGCCUGCACUGCUUUCAGCUGUUUGGGAGUAAAUGACUGGGAAACUCUAUCUGAUGAUGAUGAUGAUGAUGAUGAUGAUGCCCAGAAUCUUGCCUGCACUGUAUCUCCAAAGAAUCAAUGUAUUUAUUAUUAUUUUUUAAACAUCCUUAGUUCUUUUUUUUUUAUCACACACUGCCAUGUGUUUUCUUCUUGAUGCAAAUAUUUUUAUCUUUAAUAAUAAGAAUAAAAAAUAAAAAAAACGCCAUAUUUUUUACAUCACCGUGUUAAACUGUAGCUACCGUUUCUGCUCUGCUACAGUUCCAGCAUAAAAAUCCUCUCUUCUUCUUCUUCUUCUUCUUCUUUAUAUGAAGUAAAAUAUUUUCCUUAGAAAAGA